AACUACAGCUGAAAUUAGUUAAAACAAGCACUUCCGGCUUUCUGAUGGAAAUGACUGCGCGGAGGUUGAUGCGAUAAAUAAGUGUUGCAAACGCUUAGCAUGUAGAGCCAUUCCUCUUACUUGGUUAAUAUUAAACCUCUAUUUAUCCCCUGCCAACAAACUUGGGUGGAAUGUUUGGCUGAGGCAGAGGAAUUCAUCUCAAAUCAUGGAAUCUCCAGGGCGCCUGCCUAUCGGGGUCACCAGGAUCCUAACGGACACAGAUUGGUCUGAACCAUGGAUUUUAACCCUAGUGUUUUUCCACAUAGUCUGCUUAUUGUUUACUUACCUUUCAUUCCAGCACUACCGUUUCCAAAUAGGACUUUUUCUAUCUAUCAUGAUCCUGGUAUUCUGUGCAGAAUACAUAAAUGAAGUAGCUGCUGCAAACUGGAGAUUCUUCUCAAAGCACCAGUACUUUGAUUCCCAAGGAAUGUUUAUUUCAUUAGUGUUCUCAACACCACUACUGCUAAAUGGCAUCCUCAUAGUGAUUGCUUGGGUUUAUAAAACAGUGAACAUAAUGACAGAACUAAAGACAAUACAGCAGAAAAGGAAAGCAAGCAGAGAAAAUAAGAAAAGUCAAUAAAUAAGUAUAUCUUUUGUAACUGGUUAUGUUACCAAAUAUUCUAUCACCCAUAAUAACUUGUCGUUGGAAGUUAGAGAUUUCUUACAUUCCUUUAUAAAUGAUCUUAUGUUCUUAUUGUUCUAUGAAAAAAAUCAUUUUCAUUUUGAGCCCACUGUUACAGCAAUUCUUACAUGGCAUUUCACUAUAUAGACCAGUGGUUCUCAACCUUUUUAAUGCCGCGACCCCCAACCAGCCGUAAGUCGAGGACUACUCAACCGGUCGUAAGUCGAGGACUACUCAACUGGUGCAGCACCGUUUGCAGAAUGGGACU